AUGAUGACGAGCUGGACGAGGCUCCAAGCCGACGUCGCAGGUGGAUUGGCCGAAGGGAUUGCCCGAGUAGGACCGCGGGCGACACGAGCACGCACGCUUAUUGCGGAGACGACAGCUUACGGCGCGGAUCGUAACUCUAAUUCGCCCAAGUAA